GGCGUGUGCAAGUGCGACCAUAAUUGACUCCACUUUCUUCCCAUUUCUCAACCCACUACUGCAGCUUUUCGUAGGCCAGAAAGAAAAGGACAAAAGAAUCGAUCGAAGUUCUUCUUGCCAGCUUUCGUCAUAAUUGCAAUUCAAUUGAUAAAUUGUGAAAGACUACCACUACUUAGUAAUUUGCUUUCUUUUAAACAAGAAGCCCUCUUGCCAAAGACAACUUCAAAGAAUCCACCACCACCACCAUCACAACAACAACACAACCGCCUUUCCAUCACAAGCUUAUCAUCACAAGCUUCCUCGACUGUUUCCCUUCUUCCACACACAACCAUCAAUUUCCAUACAUACUAUGUCAGAUUUUCCUUCCAACGCCAGCACAACUUCCACAGAAGGGACUGCCAGCACAAUGGAGAACGCAAAGAAUGCAGCCUAUGACAAUGCAUCUGCAGCUGCCAACGCUGUUGGAAAUCACCCUAUCACUCAAAGUGUCGUGAACGGCCCAAUGGCAGAUAAUGUACGAGACCAACAUCAAAAGACUCAGGUCGAAUUUUCCAACCUCGCAAACUCUCGCACCACUCCUACCACUCAAACAGCUACCGGCCAACAACUCACACAUUACCAUUCCUUCUUCUACAAUUUGUUGUCAUGGGAGAAUCCUCGUGCGUCUGGAAUUGCAUACCUUUCUACCGUUGCAUUCAUCUUCGCUGCCAGAUAUCUUGACAUUCUCCGAUAUUCAUUCAAGAUUACAUACAUGACUUUGUUUGUGACGGUUCUUGCAGAAGGUCUCGGAAAGCUAGCUUUCUCGCAUGGACUCACUUCUCAAUUUAGACCUAAGAAGUAUUACACGGUUUCUAAAGAAACUCUUGAUAGCUUACUCGGUGACGUCCAUGAGCUUAUCAACUUCUUCGUCAUUGAGUCACAACGUGUUCUCUUUGCCGAGAACGUAUUUGUUUCUCUCACUGCCUUGAUUGGAUCUUUCAUUUCCUACUACUUGAUCAAACUUAUCCCAUUCUGGGGUCUCUCUCUCAUCGCUACUUCCGUUCUCUUCAUCUCCCCACUUGUUUACAAGACCAACAAGGAGCUUAUUGACAACACUCUUGCUCAAAUCUCAAGCAUUGUCAACCAACAAACCGAACAAGUCAAGCAACUUGCCAGCCAACACGCUUCGCAUGUUGCCGAGACCACGAAGCAAUACGCUGGAGAGUAUGCUCACAAGGCACAAGAAAUGAUCGGAAGUGCUCGAAGCCGCUCUGGAUCUCCAGAGGCUAGCAGAGUUGCCUCCCCAACCGCCAAGGCCAACGGUAUCAAGGAGGAGGAUUUCCCAACAGCACCAAAGGAAGAGUUCAAAUCCGGAAUUGCUGCUGAGGAGGAGCCACUCAUUGCUGCAUAAAUCUAGCAGAAAUGCAACACAUCGUGGAAAGGGGACUCCUUACAACUCUCAUAAGAGAGGUCAAUACAUCUUCGGCUGAGGGGUCCAAAUACAAAAGCAAAAAUUUAUAUCAUGAUAUUAGCUGAGAGAACAUGAGGAGUCAGCGAGAAUCACGCAGGUUGAUAUACAUACGACGAUUACCAUAUUACGAAAUCCGGUGAAGGAAAUACAGGGACUAGCACGAAUGCACGGCAAACUUUGUUGUCUGUGAAGCUUUUUCUCUUUUUUUUUAUUUAGUUGUGCGACUUCUUUAGUUCUGUCGGUCGCUGCCUUUUGGUUGGUUCCAAGUGGGUAUCUUCUAAUGGAUGGAUGGGAUGGAGUGGAAUGGGUUGGUAGGAAUGACUAUACGGUUAUUGAUGAUAUUUUAUAGGGAGCGUUUGCGUUGUUUACGGACAUAGGGAGGGCAUUAUAGUUCUUUUUCUGAAAUUAAAAUGAAAGUUUUUAAAAAUCUUUACUUUAUAUGUUUGA